UAACAAAUGUAUUCAUUGUUGUGGUAAUCAUGCAGCUGUUAAAUGUGCAGCUACUGGAUGUGAUAAGACAUGGCAUUAUCCCUGUGGACGGCAUGCAAAUUGCAUUACACAAUUUAUUGGCGAAUUUAAAUCUUAUUGUUCUGAACAUAAUCCAGAAACGAAUGUUUUGAGACAUCCUGGAUAUGUCUAUUGCUGUGUCUGUUUUAAGUUUAUCUCAUCAAAUAAUCCAGCAUCUUGCAUCUUCUCAAAAUGUUGUGCUGAAUUACCAAAAUAUAAUCCUGAAAUAUCUAUAAAAUCCAUUAAAUUUGAGUGUUUUACACAUGCUGCCUGCAUCCAAAGAUAUACAGUUAAUGCUGGAUAUGAUUCAGUAUGUCUCAAUUGUAACAUGAAUGGAAUGACUAAAGAGGAAUGGCAAGAUUAUAUGCGACGUCGAGGAAUAUUUAUACCUAAACAGAUGGCAACAUGGGAAGAUGAUGAAUACUUUAAGAAGCAGACAAAGAAUAAAUGUGAGCAUAAAAAUUGUAAGACUCCGAAUGUCUCUAAAAAUGUCUGGACAUGUUUUGUCUGUGGAUGUUUUCCUCUCCAUUUGAAGUGUGCUGGUGUUACCUCUCAUGAUGAAUACUAUUGUCCAAAGUGUUACGAUCAGAGCUUCAUCAAUUUGAUUCCAACAACAUCCAAUAAUAUUAAAAAGUAAAGCUUAAAAAUUAACGGUUUUUAUAUUUUAUAAUUGUUUUAAAUUUGUCAUCUCGGAAAUUUUAUAAACAAAAAAAAUUGCGAAAAUAGUCACUUUUAAUAAAAAAAUAAAGAUAAUUAAAGAUGUACCGACAUACAGGUUUAGUAAAGAGCCUUCAAAAUUGUUCGAGGAUAUCCAUAAACGCAAAUAAUGUAAAUAAAUUAAAUUUACUAAGGAACUUUAGUCACCUUAAUAGCCGAACAUCGCCGGUUAUUCUCUUUGAAAACAAGAAAUUCGAGAUCAAGACAAAUGCAAUCAGAUUCGCAAGUUCCGAUAUAUCACUAGAAAAUAUCCCAGAACCGCCUCAAGUUCCAAUACAGGAUUUUGUUGAGAAGGGUAUAGAAACAUCCCAGGCAUUAGCUGAAGGCGUAGAGCCUGCAUUUAGUACAUUAGGCUUAGGCGGAUGGACUCCAGUUGGAAUGGUCCAAAAUUGUAUGGAAUUUCUACAUAUUAGUUGCGAUAUUCCUUGGUGGACGACAAUUUUGAUAGGAACGAUUUGUGUACGAACGAUUAUUUUCCCUUUGGUCAUUAUGGCACAAAGAAAUGGUGCAAAACUUGCCAAUAAUAUGCCACAACUUCAAGUUCUUCAGGCAAAAAUGACAGAGGCACGUCAAAGUGGAAAUGCUAUAGAAGCUGCUCGAUAUUCACAAGCUAUGGUUGAAUUUAUGAAGGAAAAGAAUGUUAAUCCACUUAAAAACAUGAUUGUUCCAUUAGCUCAGGCACCACUUUUUAUUUCAUUCUUUGUUGGAUUACGUCAAAUGGCAAAUGCUCCCGUAGAAUCAAUGAAGGAAGGUGGACUUUUCUGGUUUACAGAUUUAACAGUUGCUGAUCAAUUCUUUGCUUUACCAAUCAUCACGAGCAUAACAAUGUUGGCAACAAUUGAAUUGGGAACAGACAGUGCAAGAUUACAACAUCAAAACAUGCAGACAAUGAAAUAUGUCUUGAGAGCAUUGCCAUUUGUGAUUUUACCAUUCACAGUUAAUUUUCCUGGUGCCAUUGUUACAUAUUGGACAUUCAGUAAUAUUAUUUCCCUCAUUCAAGUAUCAUUUUUAAGAAUUCCAGCCGUUCGCGAAUACUUUAAAAUUGAUAAAGUUGUUCCACAGAAAACAGCACCAGUAAAGAAGAAGGGAUUUAAGGAAGGACUAAAAGAUUCAUGGACAAAUAUGAAAAUUACAAGAGAAUUGGAAGAACGUAAACGUCUCGACGAGAUUUUGUUUCAAAAAGCAGCAAAAGGAUCCAUCCAAAAAACCUAUAAAUAUGAUCCAACGAAACCAAAGCCAGCUACAGCAAUGGAAGCAAAGAAACGAUAAUUUUGUGCUGGUUCCUUAGU